AUGGGAUCGAAACGUCCGGAACAUCAGGCACCACCCGAAGUGUAUUAUAAUGAAGAUGAAGCAAGGAAAUAUUCACAAAAUACACACAUUAUCGACAUUCAGACAAGAUUAUCUGAACGAGCUAUAGAAUUACUUAAUCUCCCAGAUGAAGAACCGUGUAUGAUACUUGAUAUUGGAUGUGGAUCUGGUUUAAGUGGGGAAGUAUUAACAGACUUAGGACAUAGUUGGAUUGGCUUAGAUAUAUCACCAGCCAUGCUUGAUGUAGCACAAGAACGUGAAGUUGAAGGAGAUUUAGUCAAUGGUGAUAUCGGUUAUGGAAUGCCAUUUCGAGCUGGCUCAUUUGAUGGAGCUAUCAGUAUAUCAGCAUUACAAUGGCUAUGUAAUGCAGAUAAAAACUUUCAUAAUCCUGUUAAACGUUUGUAUAAAUUUUUUUCAACAUUAUAUGCUUGUCUAAAUCGUGGUGCUCGAGCCGUUUUCCAGUUUUAUCCAGAAACAAGUCACCAGGUUGAUAUGAUAACUCAACAGGCAAUGAAAGCUGGUUUUACAGGUGGACUUGUUAUCGAUUAUCCGAAUAGUACAAAAGCUAAAAAAAUGUUUCUAUGUUUAUUUUCUGGUGGUUCUGUUCAACAAUUACCGAAAGGAUUAACAGGCGAAGAAGGAAAUGAAGAACAAAGUCACGCAAGAUUCGAUAAAGCGAGACAACGAUAUAAAGAUCUUAAAGGUAAAUCGUUGAAAAAAAGUCGUACAUGGAUAUUAGAAAAGAAAGAACGAUGGAGAAAUCAAGGAAGGGAUGUACGACCAAAUUCAAGAUAUACUGGAAGAAAAAGACCACAACCAUUUUAA